AUGUUGGUCACACUCUUGCGGACGAUCCGGACAGCCAUGGUGGCUGCCACCACGGUGACCGCCGCUAUGGUGGCCGCCUCCAUGGUGACCGCCGUCGUGGUGUUUGUGGUGACCCAAGGCGAUUGCAAGUGCCUGUUCCGGCGAGAUGGCAGUGGCCAAAGGGACGAGAGCAAAAACGGAGAGCAGCUUGAUGAGGUUCAUCUUGCCGGUGGAGAGGAGGUGAUUGAGACGGUUGCUGAAGUUGAAUGGGUAUUGGACUAUUUAUUAUGGCUGUGGUGGUCACGAUGA